AUGUGGAGUCAAUCUCUCCCGCCGUGGGCAUCGAGCACAAACCUACCUCCAUCUCAGCCGUGGAGGUCUUCUCCAACGCCCCCACCUAUUCAGUGGAAUCUUAGUCGCUCCGCAUUUGGAGAUUACAGACCCAACCUCGAUACGCUUAACCAGCCGCGUCCGGAGUCCCCUUUCCAAUACAACCAAUCUCCUUUCACCGAAGCAGAUCAAGACGCACUGGAUACUAUAAUGGGUCUGCUCAGUUCCGGCGUCCCGGAUACGCCGACAGAAUGGGUGGAAACGUCGGCUCCGGCCCGAGGCGGCGGUGGUAGGGGUGGAGGCGGUGGCGGUAGGGGAGGAGGAGGUGGAGGUGGAGGUGGGGGCGGAAGCGGCAAUGGGGGCAGCCGUGGCUCGGGGAGCGGCGGUGGCGGCUCGGGCAGCUGCGUCGGCAGUGGCGGUGGCGAGGGCAGUGGCGUCGGCGGUAGCGGUGGCUUUGGCUUCAACCGGGGCAAGUUCUACACAAAAGAUGAGCACAUUGCCGUGGCGAGGGCGUGGGAUGCCAUCACAUCGGACCCCGUGGUGGGUACCGAUCAGCCCGAGGGGAGCUUUUGGAGGCGCGUCAUGAUAGCAUACGAGGACUUCAAACCCCACGGCGCUGAUAAGCGCGACCCAGAACAGCUCCGAAAAAAGUGGGGUCAUUGA